GGUCUCCUUUGCCUGAGUUAGGAGGAAAGCUGGAAAGAAGAGCUUAGGGGAAAGGGUAAAACAAAGGUUAGUGGGUCCAAGCAGGUGGGCAGUCAAGGCCAGGUCUUGGGGUCUAGCAGGUGACAUCCUCACACCUCCUCCCUUACCAGGCGUGGCUUCUCCCCCUUCUCUCUUUCUGUAGGGAUGUCACCAUUCCUUCCUUUCUGGCCUGGUGGCAGCAGGAGGCCACUGUGUUCCAGGCUGCAGGAGCCCUGUGGUCAGGGGUCAUCUAAGGGACCUGCAGCCCCAGCAGGGGACGGGGAGCCAGGAAGGGGAAAGGGGGAGCAAGCCUCCAGAGAGAACUCUGCACACUGGCCCCCUUAACUAGCAAAUGCUCCACCUCCAUGGCUCGGCGUAGGGACAUCUGUGACCUGAUCACGGAGCAUCCACUGAACGCUCCUUGCUCAGGGGGCUUCACCACAUGUGGGGGUCUCAGGAUCCAGGCUCCUUCCACCUUUCUGCCCCCCUGUCCCCUAGGGCCUCUGCUGGAGAGCGGGAAGGUGCAGCUACAUUGGGGAACCUGGACUGGAAAAGAGAAAUGCCACGCUCCCCACUCUGGAAGUCCUGUGGGGCACCCACCCCUUAGCAGGUGCUCUGCUCCGUGGGAGGGACAGUGGCUGUCCCUGCCUCACGGGCCCAGACCCCUGAUUCCCGCUCACCCCGCCGCAGCCUACUCUGCACCCCUCCUCUCCCACAAACACCCCUCUUCUAUUGUUAUUAUGUUAUUAUGUACACCUCGCCACUUCUUCACGGCUCUUUGGGGUCCUAGGGAAGGGACAGAGGUGGGUGCAUCCUAUGGAUGGUCUCGGGACCCUGUCCUCUGAAGGCCGUGUCCUUGGGGCAGCCUCUGGGGCGGAGGAAGCACAUGGGAGGCACAUUCCCAUCACAGGGUGGGAAUGAGGAGUUUCCAAUGGCAGGGGUCCAGCUGGCCGGUCAGCCAGCGGUCACGUCCUCUGGAUGACCUCCUCCAGCCAGCUGGUGCUCAGGUCAUGACCUCUCUGUGCACCUGUGCUUGCCCGUCCUUGUGUGAGGCGAGGGGCGGGGGUGCCUUUGACGCUGUGGUGAGAGCAGGAGGGUGCUCGGGGCCGGACUCCAUGGGGGGGACCGUGUCCCUCUACCCCAGCAGGUGAGCUAAACACCAGCUGCUGGGGGGGGGGUCUUGGCUUUGGCUACUCUCAGGAGGGCUUGAGAAACUACUGCCUGAUGUGGCGGGAGUCACGACGCGACAGUUUACAAAGCAGGUGACACCACAGGAAGAGGGAACAUGGUCAGGAGCCGGGCUCCAAGUGCAGACCCGUCCAGGGCACCGUAUGUUUAGGUGAGCCUGGCUAGGAGCUGGGAAGAAUGGGUGGCGAAAUGCACGUAAAAGAAAUCAUGAAUUGAGGUGAAAUUCACAUGACAUAGGAUUGGCCACUUGAAAGUGAGCUAUGAGUACAUUCCCAUCGUUGUACAACCCUCACUCCCUCGUUCCCAAAACAUUUCCUUCACUCCACAGGCAAACCUGCAGGGCGUCUGGCUGGCGUGCAGCUCUCGAUCUCGGGGUCAUGAGUUUGAGCCCCAUGCUGGGUGUAGAGAUUACAUAAAAAAAUCUUCAAAGGGAAACCCAUGCCUACUUAAAAUUCCUCCCCCUGGUCCCUACCUCCCCAGGCCCUGGCACCCGCCAGUCUGCUUUCUGAACGUUUCCAUCUGUCGAUGGGAUAAUUGAGUCAAUCCCUUUGCUGAAGCCUGUGCCCCUCUUUCCUGUUGCAAAAGCCACCGAUCGAGCAUUCUUGGUUUGUGGAAAUUGCUUUAAGGCAUGGAAGACCACAAGGUUCUGGUUGCCUGACAUUCCUCUGACCACAACUGGGGGCAACAGGAACCCGGGAGCCUCGGCCUCUGGGACGAUGGAGCAACCACUGCCCCGCCGAAUGCAGCAGGCUGGUGACAAGGGGCCCUCCGAAAUGCAAAAGAUUCUGGUCAGUGAUUUGUGUGAUAGCUGGAGUGUCAGGGGAGAGGAGACAGAAUUCCACGCAAUUCACAUCAGGGCCAAAGGGGUCCGCGUGACCAUGAGCGCUGUCGAUUUCCGCCGCUCGCCCCAGCUGUGUGCGCUCUUGGAGACGUGCGCGCACGCGCGCGGGAAAGGGCCCCCCGAGGCUGCCCCCAGUAACCCAACCCUUCCAGCACCAGGCAGCCCAUGAAAAGGCAAGAUUUCUCAACAGAACAGAAAAAGACAAGAGGGACAUUCGAUGCCCGCCGCGCUCAGCCACCAGUAAUCUGUCUUGCAUCACUCACUUUUGUUGGGAUUGACUAAUGCGCGCCCGGCCUUCGCCCGGAUCUGCAGAUAUAAGCCCAGGCUUCUCUGGCUUCCUGACUGAGAGCAGGAGGAAGGGCAUGGGGCCGGCGGGGCGCCAGUUCGGAGCCCUGCUCUGGAAGAACUGGCUUUGCAGACUCAGGCAUCCGGUCCUUUCUCUUGCUGAAUUCUUUUGGCCAUGUAUCCUGUUCAUGAUUCUGACAGUGCUACGCUUUCAAGAACCUCCCAGACACAGAGACAAUUGUUUUUUGCAAGCCCGGGAUCUGCCCAGCCGAGGUGUCUUCCCCUUUGUCCAGGCCCUUCUCUGCAACACCGGGUCAGCCUGCAGGAACAUGAGCUACGCGGAGCUCUUGGAGCGCCAUCUGCGUUCGUCUAGGUUCCGGGCUGCAGCUGGCCGGCACGAGGUCAAGGACCUGGCCUUCCUGGAAGAGAUACAGGACCUUGCCGAGGAACUUUGGGAAAUCUUGGACAAGGCAAAAAUCCUACAGGAACUGUGGGCAAGAAGAGCCAAGGCUCCAGAUUCUUCUCCCAGCUCCAGUUUUUUAGCUAUGGAUCUCAAUAAGACCGAGGAGGUGAUCUCGAAAUUGGAAAAACUCCACCAGCAGCCCCACAUCUGGAAUUUUCUACUUCUUCUGCCGAGACUGUACGCAAACGACGUUCGCGUGGAAGACCGCAUCCGUGGCGGGACACAGCUUCUCCAGGCGGCUUUGAAUUCCUUGGCAACUUUGGAAGAGUUAGACUGGCUGCCACUCAACCACACUUUCUCCACGGUUUCUGAAAUCGUGCUGAAUGUGACCAUUUCGAUGCUGACGUUUCUGCAGGAGCACGGCGUGGGUGCCGCUGAGUCCAGAUACAACCUGUCCCUGCAGGAGCUGGUGUGGGAUCCCCAGAAGGUCCAGGCCGACCUCAGAUCCCGAUUUGGUUUCGAUGAGCUUCGUGCAGAACGAAUCCUGAAUUACUCAGCUGAAUUGCAGGAGAUUCCCACAGAGAGGGCCUUGGAGCGGAUGGUGUGUUGUGUCUUGUCCCAAACCUCCAAGGACGAAGCUGACCAAGAGGGUCACCCCGGAGACUGUCACCCCCGCUGGUCCGCGGCCGCAGACUACCUGGUGCACGCAGUCAGCUGGCUGCAAGUCUACAAGCAGGUGUUCCAUCAGCGGCAGAAGGGCAGGGAGCUCCAGCAGGUGCUCGAAGGGGCUGCCCGCAGCCUGGAGGAGCUCGGCCAUCCGUUUGCGGAGGACCAGGAGCCGCGGCAGGUGGUGGAGGCUCUCCCCGCCGUGCUUCGCAUCCUGAGUGACAGCGUGGCUCCAGAUGGCCCCACCGGCAGCCAUCCAUCUCCCAAGACAUUACUGCAUCUACAGAAGCUGGAGAAUGUUCUUCGAGACCUGCCCCCGUGGCCGGCUCUGAAGAGAUUGCUUCUGCUCCUUGCGGCUCUCAGGAACGCGAUAGCCCAGAAUUUGCAUUUCAUCCAAGAAGUGAUCAUGUGCCUGGAGAAAUCAGCUCACAGCUCCGAACUGGGCGGACCCGACGCACCGCAACCGGAGGAGGACGCAUUCUUUCAGUGGAAGCAGCUCUUGGCAAAGAAUGCUACAGACAGGUGUCGAAAUGCCAGCUUGUCUGGGAGGGAGGCUUUCCUGUGUCAUGGGAACCCUGGCAUCUGGGAGGGCCUCUGGGGGCUGACGUGUCCCCACGAUUCCUCCAACAAGACCGGCAUUUUAAACAAGCUACAGAGGUCAGCAGAGGACGCGGAUCGCCUUUUGCAAGAGGUCAUCACUGGGCACACAGACGGGCCAGUUUCGGGACUUGAAGGGUUUCUGGGCUGGCAGGAAGUGGAGGCACAGCUGGCGGAUGUGGGCCUUUCCUGCAGGCGGCUCUCCGAGUGGCUGAGAGCGGCCACCUCGCCCGGGGACCUUGACCUUGCCGGGGACUGUACGGACCCGCUUAUUGCUGCACUGGUAUUUCAUACACUGGGAGAAGUACAGUUGUCCCUGGAAGAAACAUCCUACUGGAAAGACUUCACAGGAUUUAUCAGGAAGACCUGUGAACUGGUUCACUAUGCAAACGUGCAAGGAAGUGUCCAAAACGGUCAGUCUGCUUCCUCCAAGGAAUCUCCUUGUUAUGAAGAAAACAUGGAUUGGGAAGUCAUCACCGAUAAUUAUUUCACAUUUUUGAGUAACUUACUCAAGUCCCCAGCUGCUUCCAUCUCCAGGGUCUUGAAUUCCACAAAGGAACUUCUCAUGAUGGAAAAGAAGAUGCAGUCCCUCGAGGACGAGGAAAUAGACUUUUUCUUAUCUUUUGUGGAAUUUUUGGAGAAAUUAUUGCCCGAUCCUUUCGACUCACCCAGUGUGCCCAAAUUCCAUGACCUCCCAUCUCUCACUGAGACUCUUCUGAACACAAGCCACUUGUGGGCAAAUCAUUUAAGAAGUUUAGGGAGUGACCCAUCUGCUACUGAUAUUCAGAAACUUUUGGAAUUUGGCAAAGCCGUGAUCAACAAAAUAGAAACUCUUGAACGUCUCUGGAUAAAGAACGAAUCAAACAAUAUUUUGAGGUUCAUGGAGUUAGUACUUUCUGAAAUUGAUCCCAAGCUCCUGGAAUUGUGGAUGUAUGGCAUUUCAAAAAGAGAAAGAGUCAACUUGGAAACCUUGUCUACACUUCUUAAUUUUUCUGUCCCAGAAGAUGAGAGGGACCUUAGCAAGAACCUUAACUUUUCCCAGUUGUUCCAUUCAGACUGGCCUUGGUCGCUCGCUAUGGAAACGGACUUUGUACAUUUGAGUGAAACUGUGAUAAGCAGUCUCUAUGAAUUUGGAUUUCUGAAGGAGGGACAGGUCUCUGCAGCCCUGGACACAGUCUAUGCCAUCAGGAAUGCAUCUGAACUUUUCUCAGCCCUUUCCGAGCCUGAAAGACGAGAAGUUGAUAGGAUCUUGACUCAGAUAUAUCUAAAUGUCUUUCAGGACAACGAUUCAGCUUUGCUUCUGAAAAUUUAUUCUUCAUGUUUCCAAUAUAUUUAUAAAUUCUUGAGCAUUCCGAGCACAGAGUCUUUACUAUCUUUCCUUGCACAAACCUCAGAGCACAUUUUGGAUAUCAUAAAGCAAUUCAAUUUCCAAAACAUCGGUAAAGCAUUUGCAUUUUUGUAUGAGACAAUAGGGGCUCUUGAGGGACUUUCUGAGGGAUCUUAUUGUCAGCAGUUGCUUUCAACUUUUAAGUACUUGGAGCUUCAAGCCCAAUCCCUGAUGUCUACAGAGGGCCCAGAGCUGGAAGUGGUCCAUGCCACAUUGACAGGCCUCAAACAGCUGCUCAUGGUAGACGAAGAUUUCCGUAUUUCUGUCUUUCAAUACAUGAGCCAACUCUUCAACGGAUCAGUCGGAGCCCUGUCGGAUAAUGAAUGCUUUGCCUUGGAUAAUAAGAGCAUCUCUUCAGUGAAUUAUUCAAUACAUAGAGGGUCUCCAUUUAUUCUUCCAUGGGCACAAAUUCUUUCCAACCUCUCAGCGAACAGCAGUGCGUUCAAUGAGUUAAUGGCUGUUCACUGUACCAUCGUGUGGCUUCACAUGUGGACUGAAAUCUGGGGAAGCGUAUCUCAAAUAUUCCAGUUUGACAUGAACAUUUUCACUCCUCUCCAUGUUGGUCUCACUCAGCUUCUGGGCGAAUUGGAAAGUGACGUGAAAAUUUCUAAAAGCUGCCAGGGAAUGUUUCCCACCCAUCGCCCUGCCAGACUCCUAUUGAAUUUGUUUAAAAAUGUAACUCAAGCUGAUGGCUUUCAUGAUUGGGAUGAUUUUUUGGCUCUCAGAGAUCUCUGGGUAGUAUUAGGUGAUGCGUUAGUUAGGGUAAAGUCUCUUAGCCCCGACCAAGUAGGGAAAUCCAUUUUCACCAUGGAAACUGCCCUGCGUCAGCUAAAGACAUUUCUGUUCAACACAAAUGCAAGCAGAGAGUUUUUCUAUUCUCUGCUUGAUGUUUUCACGGAGUUAAGUGAUACCUCCGCAUACAUCGACAGAAACGUCGGACUGAUAAAUCACUUUCUUUCAAAUAACGUCACAGAUUAUGGAGUGAAGUUUGAAAGUGUCAUCACCAAGCUAAGAGAAACAAUGUUAUUGCUUCAAAAUGUGUCACAUGACCAAGAUGUAUUGUCCUGUGCCGAUAUUUUCGAAAACGUUACUGAGUUUAUCUUAGAAGAUGACUCAUUACACGUGAAUAUUUCACAGAGGACAUUACGUAUUCUGGCCGUGUUAAAUUCUACAUUUUCCUCUGAGGACACGAUUAGCAGACUGAAGGGAUGCGUUGCAUGGGUAGACAUCAUGAACCGUCUAUACAUGAUAUAUAACUCCAGUGUCAUACACGGCUAUCCUCAGGGUAAUUGGAGGAGUUUCAGAGCUGUGGAAGACAAAAUUAACUCUACGCUGAAGCUUGUUACUUGGAUUCUCAAUAUAAAGGGACCUCACUGCACACUGAAUAAGUCAGAUAUAAAUUGUGUGCAUAUUGUAUUGAAAAAUGUAACUGACUUUCUGAAUGCCCUGCUCACCGAGGUCUUUGAAAAGGAAAGGGUACCCAAAUUUGAGAUCUUAUUAACCCUUUUAAAUGAUUCCACAAACCAAGUAAGGAUGAUUAUCAACAACUUGACAAGAGACUUUGAUUUGGCAUCUCAAUCCAAUUGGACACGUUUUACUGAAUUAAUUCUAAGACCCGUGGCAUUGUCAGGUGACGUUCCUCGCCACUUUACAGAGUUUUGGCAGCAUUUAGUAGCCCUGGGGAAGGAGAUUCAGAAACUUAUGAAAGGUACUCCCAUUCACAUCCUAGAAAAUAACUCCUCUUCUACACCCGACAAGUGUUUAAACCUCUGUGCUACCAGUCCGAAAGGAACGGAUGUCAACAGGUUAGGCGGCUCACUUUAUCAUUUAGCCAGCUACCUUGUCUCCAACUUCUCCCAGGAUCUCCAAAAUCCGCCACAAAUAAUUCCACACAGAAUCACGAACGCCGUAGGUCUUGGUAUCCAACUGAUGAGGGACGUGUUCAACUCCCUGGCACCCUCUGUUCUCCACAGUAUUCCACAAGAUCCAGGCGAAACUCAAGUUUUCAGGAAGGUAGCGUCUCUCCUGCGCACGCUCAAGAAGACAGACAUAGACCUGCUGGUCGACCAACUGGAGCAAAUGAGUGAAAGCCUAACGGAGUUUUUUAAGAAUAUCAGUAGCUUAGGUACCGGCAGUCUGGGGACCAACCUGCUUGUGGGCUUGAUGGAAAAAUUUGUAGACAGCUCACAUUCUUGGAAUGUUAAUCAUCUGUUAAAGUUCUCACACUUGUUCCCUAAAGAUGAUGUCAAUGUUGUGGUAGACAUGUACUACGUCAUUCCUCAUGCCGUGAGGCUCCUGCAGAGGGGAGUUGACAAAAACAUCACAGAAGUCCUCAAGGAUGUCUAUAACUUCACUGUCCUGCAUGGCAUAAGCAUUUCCAAUGUCACCAAGGAAGACUUUGCUGUCGUGAUAAAAACUCUUUUGGAUGCAGUUGAAUUAAUAUCAGAGAAACCAGAAAUUCUUUCUGAGGCUUUUACUUGCCUUCCUGUGGUUUGGUGCUGGAAUCACACAACUUCUGGGUUUCGGCAGAAUCCGAAGUUAGAAGCCUGUAAAUCCCAUGAGCUCAUGUCAUCUUCCUUUUAUAGUGAAGUGGCCAGUCUGCUCGACCACCUCCACCUCUCUCCCCCAGGUGAAGGCUUACAAUGUAUGGAUGAAGGCUCACAGAAGGAGAUUACGAGGAAGAUGGUCUGUGUAAUUCGUGACCUAGUGGACUGGACGUCUCUUCUUCUAGAGCUUUCCGAAGUCUUCCAUGUUAAAAUUUCGCUUGUGAAAACCGUGCAGGAAUUUUGGCAUAAAGUGUUACCAUUUGUCCCAUCUUCUGAAAAUCAAAGCAAUGGCAGCAUCUCUGAACUUUGUCCCAGCGGCCCCAUAAAGCAAAUUGCUUCACAAAUCAUAGCAAAAUUAAAAAAUGUCAACUUUACAAAAAUUCCAUUAGAUGAAAACAUUCUGGAUACACUAGCUAGUUUAAACAAGAUCCUUAACAUUAGUGAAGGCACAGAGGCUUCCAUUCAAAAUAAGAUUUCCUUAAAUUUUGAAAAGAUCAUGAAGUUUCCUUCUGGGGAUCGGCACCCAGAAAACAGUACCCGUUCUCUAGACCCUCCAUUUGUGACGUUUCUAGACCCCAACCUGACAGGCAGUAGUCUCGAAGCACCUUCAAGUUUUACUGAAAAAAGAGCAGUAACUUACAACUCUUCUUACUUCGAAGAACUAGGGCUUGAACUGGAACAAAUCAUGACAGAUCCAAGCCACGACUUUCCUAUCAGACCCCUGCUUUCUGAAAUUAUCAAAGGCAUUCAUACGAUUAAUUCAGAGACUCUUCAAAAUGUAACUUUGCAACUUGCCCAUUUUUUUAAAAGCCUGGGCUCAUCGUCAUGGAAGACCGCAGAAAUCAUUGAAGAUUUUCUAUUGGUUGUAAAAAACUGGCUUCGUAAACAGGCAAAGGAAGAUGACUCCAGAAUGAUUCAAACAUUAUUUCUUCUUACGGCCAAUGAAAGUUUGACUGAUCUAGCUUUGUUGACCAAAGAUAUUGCUACUUUUUUGGGGCUUCUCAAAACCACUUCUAGGGAAGGUAAUUUUGACAUUACCCAUCUUACUCAACUGCUAAGCCAAGAGCAGCUAACUAAUUUCUCAUUCGUUCGAUUCCUUUUUGAAAGUUUCCUAGUUAAUUUAAUCAGUAAGUUAGCUGGGAGUUCUCCAGAGGCAGCCUCAAAUGCAAGCAAUACUGACCUUCACAUAAUGAAUUUGCUCACCGUGAACCAGACGCAAUCAGAAAAUGGUGAGAGCAUAAUCCUCCCCCCAAGAAGCAUAGUGGAUUUCACGCAACAGGUUCUGGAAACAUUCUUUUCAUUUUUACUAGAGGAAAAUUCUGAGAACAGAAUAUCUCUUCUGCUAAAAGCCUUCCACAAAGACAUCACUGCAGAGUUGAGUUUUGUCCCAAAGGAUAAAAUUCUAGAAAUUCUGACACUGGAUCAAUUUCUUACCACCUCAAAGGAAGACAGACUGAUGAGCAUUUUCUCAAGUGUAAAGGAGACCCUAAAUCAUCUAAUCAAAAGCUCAUUUAUUUUAGACAAUGGAACAUUUUAUUUUGAUCAUCAUCGAGGACUGAAGUUCAUGAGAGAUUUAUUUAAUGCUCUUCUAAGGGAAACCCCAGGGAAAAAUAAGACAGAAAAUAAUUCGGAGUUUCUUGCGGUUGUGAGUCAGUUGCUCUCCCACACGAACAGCUCUGAGGAUCUCCUCCAACUCAGUCACAAUCUUAGGUCAGCUCUCCUGCUUGUGAGAGAAAGUUCUACAGAGCUAGCACGUCUCAUAGACGUUCUUGUCAACUCUCCUCACAAGGGUUUCCGUGACUUGUAUCCUAUAUUCCGAGAAGUUAUACUUUCCAAUCUAACUGAUUUGCUUUCCUAUAUAAAUAAUUCAUUCCCUCUAAGAAACAGGGCAACACUAGACAUUACCAAGAGAUUGCUUGGUGUUAUCUCAAAAGCUGGUGGAGAAAGUGGUGCCCCAGGGCUCCUCUUGGAAAUGUCUGAUACCCUGACCAUGCUGGUGAGGGACAUCGCUGAGAUGAGAGACCUUUGCACCUCUGUGACCUCCGCCGUGGAGCUUGUGGGGCUAGCCAUGAAAGUUGCCAGGAAGAUGGCCACCAUAUUUGAAACUCAUCCUGUCUCCAAUACCAAUGACACUAUGAAAUUCUUUGACAGUCUCUAUUCCGUUUUGCGACAAAGUGUUCGAAAUGUUGUGAGUGAAAUAAGUACUUUGAAGAACGUAGACCAUUUCAUACCUGAAAAUAUAAGUGACUUGUUGACAUCAUUUCUUGACUUGGUUUUUAGGAUGAUUGGGGUCAAACCUAGUAUUUCACAAGAUUCUGAUGUUGUCAACAUGUCCUCAAGCACAUUCUCAUAUGUGAACCAGUCCAAGGACUUUUCUGAUAUUUUGAAAGAAAUUGCUGAAUUUUUAACCUCUGUGAAGGGCAGUUUGGGAACCAUGGAGCAGCUUGUGGUAGCUUUUAAUAAUGGGACUCAAGUAUUUGCUAUGGAUUCUGUCAACGUAUGGGAAGAAAUUUUGGAUUGCUUAGUUCCUAUAAAUAAUAUCAUCAACCAGAUAGACUUCCUACACCCUAACCUACUUCCCACUCACAGUUACCCUCAAGAUAUAAUAUGGAAAAGAACCCAGGGAGUGAUCCCGUUUUGGGAUGAAAUGCUAUCACAAGACAGAAUGGAAACUGGGACUUCCUUGAGAAGGCUGAUUGAUCUCACCUUGGAAGCUCUUUGGAAUGACUUGGAAAAGGAUGAUUGGAAUGUCUUUAAUCUGUUGCUGACAUUGGCUCAGCAUCCAGAUAACCUUUUGAAAGCCACAGAAACAGCUGGGGAGGUCUCCGGUGGAAGAGGUGAUCUGAGUGGAGCUUUGUUCUCCAAUACCUCUCUGAUUCAGAAUGUAACUCAUCAACAACUUGGAGAAGCAGUCCAGAUCAUGUUAAGGAGAAUAGCUCUCUUGAGGAAGGAACUUCCCUUAAACAAUUCUCAGUGGGGAAAUUCCACAAGAACUUUGUUCCAUCCCAUUUUUGAGAGUUUUAUUAAUGCAGCCACUGGAAAGACGGUCACAUUGGGAAAAGAAGAGAGGACCAAAAAGGUGAUGGCUGAUUUUCCUUAUAUCCUCGAACCGUUAUCAAGUUUCGAGCAAUUCCUGAAGGGAUUCACUGCAUUGACGGAGCAUUGGCAAGAGGUCCCAUUGAUGGAUCAAAGUGUGGAAAUGUGUCAGAUUUUCCAGCAGUUUCACAAGCCCCCGGAAGCCAUCGUGACUCUGCAGAAAGUGGUCGUGCUGGUUCUCCGUGUGUUCGUCAUCCUUGCAGAAAACCCUUCCUUGAUGAAGGACAUGCUGUGUUCUGCUCUGAGCUGUAAGCAAGGUGGGAUGCGGCGUCUCCUCUUACCUGCUCUCCAGGGGGCUGCCGUGAUGCACGACCACUACCAGGAGAUACAAAAGAUGUGGUCCUCACCCCUUCAGCUGAACUGUGAAGGUCUCAGCAGGAAUCUCUCUGGCUCCUUGGAAAGCUUCAAGAGCAGCCUGGAACACGCCACCGAGCGGGACUGUGAAUGCCAGCCGCUGUCGGACUUGGCUCGGCAGCGCGUGCACACGUUGGCCCAAAGCCUCCAGAAGACUUGGUUGUCUGGGAGUCCCGUGCUGACCUUUCUUAGCAAUUUCACAGGAACACAGGACGUAAAAGUCAAAGAUUUGAUGCAGAACGUCUCCAAGCUAACCCAUGAGCUUCGAUCUUCCAUUAACAUCUCAGACGAGACUAUCCACAGUAUUCUAGAAGCCAGCAUCUCCCGUUCACAGUUGCUCUCCAAUGCCCUCACGGUGGCCCUGUCCAGAAGGUGCGAUGCUGACGUUCUCCGCCUGCUGUUGGCCCUUCCUGAGGACCGGAAGUCUCGGUUGGCAGCGAAGGAACUGUGUGGCCUGCCCGGGCCCCAGGUGUAUUCUCUGAUCGUGUCUAUGACUCAGAACAUGAAUCUGCGAAACGUCAUUUACAAAGCUCUGAUGCCUUUGGAAGCCCACGGCGCGCUCAGCUCCCUGUUGGAUGUGGUCUCCAGGCUCAGCCACCUGCUUGCCAAAGCCGGCCACGUUCUGGAAUACCUCCCCGAAUUUCUCCACGCAUAUAAAAUCACUGCCUUGCUAGACAUGCCCGACUUUCAACAGGCUCCGCACCAUGGCCAGACCAGAAGUUCAGCCUUCGGUUCUUUCCAGUUCGUGAUGAAGAAGUUUUGCAAGGAGCAAGCUUCGUUCUUCAGUGGCUCUAACUUGUUCAUUAACUUGCCCAGAAUUAACGAGCUCCUGGGAGAGGACAAAGAAAAAUUCAACAUUCCCGAAGAUUCAACACCAUUUUGCUUGAACCUCUAUCAAGAAAUUCUACAGUCUCCAGAUGGUGCUUUGGUGUGGUCCUUCCUAAAACCUAUAUUACAUGGAAAAAUACUGUACACACCAAAUACCGCAGAGAUUCAUGAGGUCAUUCAGAAGGCAAAUUAUACUUUCCAUUUCAUGGACAAGCUGAAGACUUUAACAGAAACACUGCUGAAAAUGUCCAGCGUUUUUCAGAGCGGUGGAAGUGGCCAGAUGCUCAGCCAACUGCAGGAAGCCCUGAGGAACAAAUUUAUAAGAAACUUUAUAGAAAGCCAGUUGCACAUUGAUGUUGACAAGCUGACCAAAAAACUCCACACUUAUGGAGGGAAGCUGGACAAGAUGUUCGCUCACGGGGGCGCCGGACGCAUCCACUUCCUGGGCCGCGUCUUGGUGAACCUCUCAUCCUGCGUGGUGCUGGACCGCUUCCAGGCGCUGGAGUCUGUCGCCAGCCUGGAGGCAAAAGCCCGCGAGCUCAUGCGGCAGAACAGCUUCUUGGCCAGUAUCAUAUUCAACACUUCACUGGCUGGCAGGAACUUGGGGGCACGGUCUCUGCAGCUGCCACCCCAUGUCACCUACACCAUCCGCACCAGCGUCUUAUAUAGCAUGAGGACGGAUUUGGUGAAAAACCCUUUCUGGAAGUUUCAUCCUCAGAGCCUCCCAGCCGACGGGUUCAAGUACAACUACAUCUUUGUCCCUUUGCAAGACAUGAUCGAAAGAGCCAUCAUCUCGGUGCAGACUGGGAAGGAGGCAGUGGAGCCGGCCGCGCAGACGCAGGCCAUCCCGUACCCGUGCCACACCAGGGACCUAUUCUUGAACAACGUCGGCUUCUUUUUCCCUCUGAUAAUGAUGCUGAUGUGGAUGGUGUCUGUGGCCAGCAUGGUCCGAAAGCUGGUUUACGAGCGAGAGAUCCAGAUAGAAGAGUACAUGAGGACGAUGGGCGUGCACCCCACCGUCUUCUUCCUGGCCUGGUUCCUGGAGAACAUGGCCAUGUUGGCCUUGAGCAGCGCCGCCCUGGCCGUCAUUCUCAAGGCCAGCGGCAUCUUCGCGCACAGCAACGCCUGUCUCAUUUUCCUCUUUCUGCUGGAUUUUGCGGUGUCGGUCGUCAUGCUGAGUUACUUCCUGAGUGCGUUUUUCAGCCGAGCGAACACAGCUGCCCUCUGUACCAGCCUGGUGUAUAUGAUCAGCUUUCUGCCCUAUAUAGUGCUCUUGGUUCUCCAUAACCAACUAAGUGUCGUCGUUCAGACGUUUCUGUGCCUGCUCUCCACCACCGCCUUCGGACAAGGAGUGUUCUUCGUCACCUUCCUGGAAGGGCAAGAAGCAGGGGUUCAGUGGAGUAACGUGUACCAGCCUCCGGAACAGACGGGCAUGACAUUUGGCUGGGUUUGCUGGAUGAUUCUCUUUGAUUCAGGCCUUUAUUUUUUAUGUGGAUGGUACUUGAACAACUUGAUUCCUGGAACUUUCGGCUUAAGGAAACCGUGGUAUUUUCCCUUUACCGCAUCUUACUGGAAGAAUUUGUGUGGUUUAGUGGCCAAAAGACCACACGCGCCUGGUUCUGACCUGUCCUUCAUCAAUGAGCACUUUGACAGUAAAGGGUCUUCGCUGCAGAACGGGGAGGGAAAGCCCGGAGGAGGGCCCCCGGGUGUCGCCCUGAUAUCCGUGACCAAGGAGUACGAGCCCCACAAGGCGGCCGUCCGAGACCUGACCCUCACCUUCCACAGAGACCAGAUCACUGCUCUGCUGGGGACCAACGGCGCCGGGAAAACCACCGUCAUAUCCAUGCUGACGGGACUCUACGCUCCCACUUCUGGCACCAUCUUCAUCAAUGGCAAGAACCUGCAGACAGACUUGUCGUCCAUCAGAAGGGAGCUGGGCGUGUGUCUGCAGCAGGACGUCCUGUUCGACAACCUCACCGUCCGGGAGCACCUGCUUCUCUUUGCCUCCGUAAAGGCCCCACAGUGGGCCUGGAAGGAGCUGCAUCAGCAAGUCAGUAGAACUCUCCGGGAGGUGGAGUUAACGCAGCAUCAGCACAAACAGACCCGCGUCCUGUCGGGAGGCAUGAAGAGGAAGCUGUCCAUUGGCAUUGCCUUCAUCGGCACAUCGAGGACCGUGGUUCUGGACGAGCCGACCAGCGGGGUGGACCCUUGCUCGCGCCGCGGCAUCUGGGACAUUCUCCUCAAGUACCGUGAAGGUCGGACGGUCAUCUUCACAACCCACCACCUGGACGAGGCGGAGGCUCUCAGCGACCGUGUGGCCUUCUUGCAGCAGGGCCGUCUGCGCUGCUGUGCGCCCCCCUUCUGCCUGACCGAGGCCUAUGGCCAGGGGCUCAGCUUGACGCUCACCAAACAGACUCCUGUUCUGGAGGCUGACGACCCGAAGGACAUCGCCCGAGCCACGUCUCUGAUACAGACCUACAUCCCGCAAGCGUUCCUCAAAGCCAGCAGUGGCAGGGAGCUGGUCUACAGCAUCCCCAAGGACGCGGACAGGGCCUGCUUCAAAGGGCUCUUCCAGGCCCUGGAGCAGAACCUUCACAGUCUGCACGUGAUGGGCUUCGGGAUUUCGGACACCACGCUGGAGGAGGUGUUCCUGAUGCUUUUGCAAGAUUCCAAGAAGCAGUCGGGGGCCGAGUUGGAGCCGCAGGACCAGAGGCCUCCAGAACAUGUUCCUGGCCGCUGUGGUGCCCUGGCAGGGACCCCGCACGCAUGGGGCAGCCCGCGGCCUCUGGCUCAGGCUGUGGCCCUCCUCGGCAAGCGGCUCCGCCACACGCGCCGGGCCUGGAAGGGCGCCCUCUCCGACCUGCUGCUGCCCGUCCUCUUCGUGGCCUUAGCCAUGGCCUUGUUCAUGGUGAGGCCUCUGGCCAUUGACUUCCUGCCCCUCAAACUAACACCGGGCCAUUACGACAGGGCCGAAGCUUACUUUUUCAGCAGCGGGAGUGGGAGCGAGGGCCAGGAGCUCGCCCAUGUGCUUUUGCGGAAGUUUGGAGAUCAAGAUCCCCUCUGUGCUGAUUUAAACCCAGACCCGAAGAAUUCUUCAUGCUGGCGUGUGGAUCCCCUGUCUCAGCUGCCAGCGCAGGAUUCCUGCAGCUGCCUGAGGUGUCCAAACGUGAGUGCUGGGGCUCCCUACCUGACCAACCGCCUGGGCCACACUCUGCUGAACCUGUCAGCCUUCCACCUGGAGGAGUAUUUGCUGUUGCCGUCAGAGAGACCGAGGCUUGGAGGCUGGUCUUUCGGAGUGCAGAUCCCUGAUCAAGUUCAAGAUGCAAAUCCAAAUACAUCGCAACCAGACACUCUGGCGAAGGUGUGGUACAAUCAGAAGGGCUUUCAUUCCCUACCUUCCUACUUAAAUCAUCUAAACAACCUUAUACUGUGGAGACACUUACCCCCUGACCAGGACUGGAGACAAUACGGAAUAACGCUAUACAGCCACCCGUACGGAGGGGCCUUGAUGAACGAGGACAAGAUCCUGGAGAGCAUCCGUCAGUGUGGCGUUGCCCUCUGCAUCGUGCUGGGGUUCUCCAUCCUGUCUGCGUCGCUUGGCAGCUCCGUGGUGAGGGACAGGGUGACUGGAGCCAAGAGGCUGCAACACAUCAGUGGCCUGGGUUACAGAACGUACUGGCUCACGAACUUCCUGUAUGACAUGGUCUUCUACUUGGUUUCCGUGAGCCUGUGUGUCACCAUCAUUGUCGCCUUCCAGUUAACAGCGUUUACUUUCCGCGAGAACUUGGCAGCCACGGCCCUCCUGCUGGCGCUUUUCGGCUAUGCCACUCUCCCGUGGAUGUAUCUGAUGUCAAGAAUCUUCUCAAGUUCGGACGUGGCUUUCAUCUCGUACGUGUCCCUGAACUUCAUCUUUGGGCUCUGCACCAUGCUGAUGACCACCAUGCCCAGGUUGCUCGCCAUCGUCUCCAAAGCUCAGAAUUUACAGAACACCUAUGACGUCCUCAAGUGGGUGUUCACCAUUUUCCCUCAGUUCUGCCUGGGUCAGGGGCUGAUAGAACUCUGCUAUAAUCAGAUCAAAUAUGACCUGACCCACAACUUUGGCAUCGACUCCUACGUGAGCCCCUUUGAGAUGAACUUCCUGGGCUGGAUCUUCGUGCAGUUGGCGUCGCAAGGCACGGUGCUUCUCCUCUUGAGGAUUUUGCUGCACUGGGACCUUCUGCAGCGGCCACGGGGUCAGUCUGCCAUCCAAGGCACAGUCACGUCUUCCAAGGACAUAGAUGUGGAAAAAGAGCAAAUAAGAGUGUUGAAAGGAAGAACCAGCGAAGACCUUCUCGUGUUAUACAACCUUAGUAAAACCUACGGAAGCUUCUUCAAGAGGACCAUUGCUGUACGAGAUAUUAGUUUGGGCAUACGAAGAGGAGAGUGCUUUGGGCUCCUGGGGCCCAACGGGGCCGGGAAGAGCACCACAUUCAAGAUGCUGAACGGGGACGCCCCUCCGACCUCAGGACGCGCCGUCGUCAGGACUCCCACAGGAGAGGUCGUGGAUCUGUCUUUGGCGGGCAUGGCAGGUGUGCGCAUUGGCUACUGUCCACAGCAGGAUGCCCUGGACGAGCUCCUGACCGGCUGGGAACACCUGCACUAUUACUGUUGCCUCCGUGGGAUUCCCAAGACCAGCAUCCCUCAGGUUGUCGGGGACCUUGUGAGGCGUCUACACUUGGAGGCCCACGUGGACAAACUGGUGGCCACGUACAGUGGGGGGACCAAGCGGAAGCUCUCUACGGCCUUGGCCCUGCUGGGCAAACCUGACCUACUCUUGCUGGACGAGCCCAGCUCUGGGAUGGAUCCCUGCUCCAAGCGUUUCCUGUGGAACACGAUCAUGCAGGAGGCUCGGCGAGGCUGUGCAGUGGUGCUGACCUCCCACAGCAUGGAGGAGUGCGAGGCUCUUUGCACCAGACUUGCCAUCAUGGUCAACGGCAGCUUCAGGUGCCUUGGCUCCCCCCAGCACAUUAAAGACAGGUUUGGUGAUGGUUACUCAGUGAAGAUUUGGCUUUGUCAGGAAACGAAUCUGCAUGGCGCGGUUUCUGACUGCUUGAAGCUCCAUUUUCCAGGGAUCCAGUUUAAGGGGCAGCACCUUAAUUUAUUGGAAUAUCACGUGCCGAAGCAAUGGGAGUGCUUAGCGGACCUGUUCCGAGUUCUAGAGAACGAUAAGAGCUCGCUAAAUAUCAAACAUUACUCCAUUACCCAAACCACUCUGGAACAGGUAUUUAUUAAUUUCACUACCGAGCCACAGAAGUCUUCACAGUCCACCGUGGCUGCGCCUCGUGGCUCUUACCAGCCACCCCACCUGCCGAUCUGAGCACUGAAGGGGACGUUGCUGAGAGGAAUAAUACCUUGGCUUUUGUUACAACUCAUCCUCAAAGAUCAAAGGAUCCCGCUCACCUUGGAGGAGCUGGGAGUCAGGCUUCUGGUGGUCAAAUCCUUCCUCUCCUUCAUUUCCUCUUGCAAGUGGUUGUUGACUAAUAAUCAGCAACCUGGAAGAUUGUUUUCUGUAGAUUUUUGGGGAGUUCCUCCCACGUGGCUAACCCUUUGUCAAGCCAAGGAGAGGCCAACUUCUUCGUGACGGGCACGAAUGAACCCAGAGUCCAACCUGAGACGUUUUGGAGUUGUCAGACUGUCCAUUCCCGAACAUUUCGCUCUACUUUGAAGGAAACUGAGGCAGCCAAGGCUAGUCACUUUCCUAACUGAUUUGUUUAGGAAAUAGUACUUCAGACUGUUUUCUGUUUCUGUCCUCUUUCAUCACGAGAUAUGCUCACGUGUACCUGAAUAAAAGGUCGAGGAUUUAAAUGCCCAUUUUUUUGUAAUACUGGAUAUUAUAUGGGAUGAUAUGUAAAAAUUGCCAUUUUUUUCCAUACAAAAGAUAUUUCCUAAAAAAUAGGAGUUAAGGAGCUUUUCAGUGAACGCUUUAGCAAAAUUAAGUAAACUAAACUGGGUACUCUGUCAUUUAUAAAACUUUUGCCAAAAUUUCACAGAUUUUAAAUAUGGGGGUAUGGAAAGAAAUAGAAUGUGGAUGUAUUUUCUUUUUCUUAAUUUCUCAGUUUUCUUAAUGCCUCCUGGUAUGCUGAGGUACAUUCUAGUUUUAAAACCAAUGAUGUAAAUAAUCUAGUUAUUCCUAAUUUUACCAGCAAAAUCAGUAUGAUAGUAAAUAAGCAUCAACUUUCAAACGCUUUAAAAUUUUCUAACAAUUCUGCCAUUCUCAGAAUUACUGUGCUAGUAUUUUUGGAUAUAAAGUGCCAUGGUGUGGCUUCAAAGGGCUGUAGACAAUUGAUGUUCUGUACCUGAUAGCAAAACGUGUGAGGUUCUUUCAUCCACUACUGAAAAUAGUUUCUAGCUAGACAUUUCUGAGCUUCGAGAUACUUCUCAAACCUCUCUGAAUAGCAUUUUCCUCAGACCUCAAUGGAGGCUUGGGUUAAUUUCAUUUUAAAAUUUGAUUAUCCAGUUAAAUGUUUGAGUAAUAGAGCCUGUGGCCAAAGGGAAACACUUUCCCAUCGCAUUUCUUUACUAAUGCGCGAUUUCACUAAAAUCUGUCUUUCCUGAUAUCAUUCGAUACUGGAGAUAUUUUUAACUUGUCAGGAUUCAGCCAAUCAUGGAGAGUUUUGCUGAAUGAUUUGGCGUUUCUUACAGUUUAGGGUUUCUUACAGUUUAGGGUUUAGAAUUCCCCCCCCCCCCAGUUCUAACAGUCUCACUGUCAAAAUGGAAAGUGUAAUCCUUUGUGAUGCUUGUUGUUGAAUCAAUCCAUAAAACCUGUUACACAAGAACGUGUUUAUACUGCAAUGAAUAAAUGAGAUGUGCUUUGAUUGAACCUGA